AUGGACGCGUUCAGCUUGAAGAAGGACAAUCGGAAGAAGUUCCAAGACAAACAGAAACUGAAACGGAAGCAUGCCACGCCCAGCGACAGGAAGUACCGGUUAUUGAACCGCCAGAAGGAGGAGACUGCAACCGAGGAGCAGGAGCAAGAACAAGAACAGCCUGAAUUGGACACGAACGAAGACCGAUACCAUGAGGACCCGGAGCUGGCGUUCGAGGACCCGAACACCGCAGCGACCAGCGUAGAGGUGAAUAGAGUGCUGAAGGACGUGCUGAGAAGUCGGCAGCUGCAGGAUGACGGCAACACGGACACCAACCAAGCGGCUAGUGCCGAUGCACUGAAGACCAAGGAUCUCAAACAGAUGGGUGCCGCCGAGCUUAAUCGCUGGUUGCACCAACAGAACACAACAACAACAAAAACAACGGCAGCAGUAGGAGCCACUUCGCCGUCCGUGCAAAGCGAGCAGCCGGCAGCUCGCCAGCAAGGCGCUACGCCGCCCGCCGAUCUUCCGGAAGAGUUAGAGACGGACCAGGACUUUCUCGACGGGCUGCUCUAA